CAAGCACCCGAGACCAACACAUCAGCUCACAGGGAUUCACAGUCACAACUUUUCCUUCACUGGGCUGAGAAGAGAAGCAGCGAGCUGACACUGGACAAGACUUUUAGCUGCCGACUCUGAACUGAAGACAGCUCUUGUUGGACCUUGGACUUUUCACUCUUUAUUAUUUUUGGAGUGAUUUGUUUUUAAAAUUCCACUUUGACUCUGGGGCACAGUUAAGAGAGACGACGAGUGCCUGAAUUGAUGCAUGCUCUGUGCUGACACUGACAUUUGUUGAUAACCCAGAGACUGUGUUUCUAUAAGAAGCUGGUAAGCUCACUUUUUCCUACGACUUUAUGUCUACAAAGAUGGAACAGCCUUUUUAUCAUGACGACUCUUUUCUGUCGGCUUACGGCCAUUCAGAUGCAGCAAUGCACGACUACAAACUGCUAAAGCAGAAUAUGAAUUUGAACUUGACAGAGCCCUAUCGCAACCUGAAAUCCCAGCUGAGAGCCGAGACAGACCCGUACCAAGGGGGGCAGCAAGACGUGGGGUCCCUGAAGCUCGCAUCCCCAGAGCUAGAGAGGCUCAUCAUCCAAAACAGUAACGGUGUGAUCACCACCCCCACCCCCGGUCAGUACUUCUACAACCGGGGCAUCACCGAUGAGCAGGAGGGGUUCGCAGAGGGGUUUGUAAAAGCCCUGGACGAGCUGCACAAGAUGAACCAGAUGCCCCCUCCUAACGUGUCCAUCGGUGCCGGUGGAGUUACGACGUGUUCAGCGGCGGCCUCUAGUGUCUUCGGCUCCGCCUUGCAGCCGGAGCCUCCUAUCUACACAACACUGAACGCCUACUGCCCGAACACGAGCCUCUCUUCCGCAUCCAGCUACCCCACAGCCACUAUCAGCUACCUGCCGCCACACCAGCAGAGCCACCCGCAGACCUCGACGCACGGCACGCACCCGUUCCAGCACUCUCUCCCUGCCUCCGGACUCCAUCCGCAGCGGCUCGUCGCUCUGAAAGAGGAGCCUCAAACGGUGCCCGACCUCCUGAGCAGUGACGGCUCGCCUCCGAUGUCUCCCAUCGACUUGGAGACCCAGGAGAGGAUCAAGGCGGAGCGCAAGAGGCUGAGGAACCGACUAGCGGCCACCAAAUGCCGGAGGCGCAAGCUGGAGCGCAUCGCCCGGCUGGAGGAGAAGGUGAAAGUUUUGAAGAACGACAACGCGGGGCUCUCCAACACAGCGUCGGUGCUCCGGGACCAGGUCGCCCAGCUCAAACAGAAGGUCCUGACACAUGUGAGCAGCGGCUGUCAGCUGAUGCUUACAAGCAAGAUGGAGGCGUUUUAAACAACAGAGACUAUUAACUGACUGAAAAGUAAUAACACUGGAGUCAUGUUCUGCAUGCGCAGCACUGGAAUACCGGCUGAUGCAUUGUCAGCACUGGCAGCAUCACAGGGCCGGGGGCUAUGUGUAGACAACUCUAUAGGCUAUUUAGGGUGAAAUGACUGAUUGAAAUGGUACUUCCGGAUGCUGGACACCGCUCAAAGGACCAUUCAAACCCAGAAACCAGGGCAGCAUCCAGACUGAGAAAACACAAUGUCGGCCACUGGCCCAUAAGUCGGGUUUACUAAUGGUAGACUAGAAAAUGGGAAUGAUUAUUUGUACUUUUGCAACUGAUAUUGUCAUGCAACAUGCUACAUUUAUUCCUUGUGUAAAUUAUUUUUGUUUGUCCGGUUGAUCCAGACAAACUUAUGAUGUCCAAUGUUUACAAUGUCUUUUUUAUUUGUUAUGUGUAUUUAAGUAAAGUGUCUUCACAUGAAA